AUGUCAUCUAUUCCUUCAAAUCAAAUAAUUUUUGAAUGGUGUGCAGACCUGAAAAAGCUUGAUUUAUAUCUUAACUCCAUAAAUCAAUCACAAAGCAAAGAAGGCGUAAUACUGUUAAAAACAUUACUUAAAAAAGAUGAUUUUCCAAAAAAUAUUACAUGUGAAAGCAUUGAUGAUUGUUUUUUUUUUUCAUUGUCUACACAUCAAUUCCAACUAGUUCAAGCUGCUUGCAAGGUGAUACUAAAAACUCAAUUGUCACUACAAAUUAUUGAAUCCAACACACCAAUAAAUGUUCAACCAGUUCUUUUUCGAAGCUUAUUGAGUUAUGGACGAGACUUCUUUGGGAAUGAUCCACAAAACAAUCCAAUUAUUUUAUAUCAUCGUUGGAUAAUAAGGUCAAGUUCAAAUAAUAUUGAAUUUGAAAUAAAUUUAGAUCAAAAUAAGAAAUCAGCAGAACUCUUAAAUGAAUUAUAUGUAAAAAUGACUGAGCAACUUAUGUCAAAUUCAACAACAAAUUCUGUUGACCGUUUAUUUUGUAAUCAAUUAGCCUAUGAAUUAGGCGAAUAUUAUUUUGCUGUUGAUAAACAUUUAGCAAUAGAUUUUUUAUGUAGGUGUCUAUUAGAAAGUGAUGAAUCAAUGAUAGACCAUCAGUCUUUUUGCACAAUAAAUCAGCCAAAGAUUUUACCAUUAGUUACAUCACUUAAAGAAGUAAAAAUAAAGUUCAAUACAUUAAAUAAAAUAUUGUACUUUCAACAAAACCAAGAUUACGAAGGGGUGUAUAUUUUAUUGUUUAGAUUACUAUUAGAUAAAAAGAAAUUAGAUACUCAUUCACAUGAAGAACUUUCUUAUAGUCUUAGAAACAAUUUAGUGAAUGAGGCUAUGAAUUUACAACAGGAACAUUCUGCAAUUAAAAUAGCAAUCUGCAAUGCUUUAGAUUUAGAUGAAAAAAUGUUGGAUCAGAUACCUUUAUCAUGUAUUCAAUAUCUUGGCAAUUAUUUUAAUGAGGAACUUUUAAAAGAUAUUAUUGAAAUAUUUAAGAAAUUAUUUGGAAAUUAUCCUGGUGUUAAUAUGAGUGCAAAUAAAAGAGAAUUUAUCAUACAGCUUAUUAGUAAAAUUAAUAAUGAAGAU